CUCAGUAUAAAAGUGCGACCAGGCUGCCGAAAACUUCAGAUCACUUCUGGAGACCAAAGCAGCAAUGGUUCGCUUUACCACAGCAGUGAUAUUUUUGCUCCUAGCGCAAUGUGCGACGACAUAUGCGAGAGGUAUCCAUGUAUCGUCUUACACCCUUUUUUCGAACCCUUAUACGGCUGAGAAUUUCGCUCGGACCUUCGUGAACAACAUCGUCAAUAGUGGAGAAUUCGGGGCUCAAGAUGCUGCGGACUUCGAUGACAUCAUUCAAAGUCUUCUGCAGGCCCAGAACAUGCACAAGGGGCAUGACACCAACGCUAAGGCCAAAGCGAUGCAGAUGGCAUUUGCUUCCUCCAUAGCUGAAUUGGUCAUCGCCGAAAGUGAAAGUGAAGGUUCAAAUGUUCAGCGAAGGACCAACACAAUUUCCAACUGCUUGAGAAAUGCCUUGUAUAGCACCACAGGAAGAGUCAACGAGGAUUUCGUGAGAGAAAUCGAAGACCUCAUCAACCUCUUCUCGCAGGAGUCAUUCAACGAAGUUGAAACCUAUGGUCCAGGCACCUACUACCAAACUUCUACAACAGGAGGACAAGGAGGAACACCUGUUGUCACAGAAACAGUGACUGUCUCCGUGUCUGGAGGUGGAGGUGGAGGAGGAGCAGGAACUGGUGGAAUAAUAGGAUCAUCAGGACUGGGAGGAGCCGGAGCAACUGGUGGAUACGGUGGUGCUGGAGGACCUGGUGGACCUGGAGGACCCGGUGGACCAGGAGGAUUUGGAGGUGUAGGCGGAGGAGCAGGAGCCGGUGGUGUCGGACCUGGCGGAAUCUCUGGAGGUGCUGGCGGUGCUGGCGGAUCAGGUGUAACAGUUGUAGAGUCAGUUACUGUUGGUGGAGCCGGAGGACCAGGAGCUGGUGGUGUCGGUCCAGGAGGUGUCGGAUCUGGAGGAGUUGGACCGGGAGGUAUUUACGGACCAGGAGGAGCUGGAGGACUCUACGAACCGGGUGCAGGUGGAGCCUUCGGAGCAGGAGGAGGAGCUGGUGCACCAGGAGGACCUGGAGGUCCAGGUGGACCAGGCGGCCCUGGAGGUCCAGGUGGAUUUGGCGGAGGAGCAGGAAUCGGCGGUGGUGUUGGACCAGGAGCUGGAGGUGCUGGACCGUCUGGAGGUGCUGGUGGAACAGGUCCGGUAUCUGUCUCUUCUACUGUAAGUGUCGGUGGUGCUGGCGGACCAGGCGCAGGUGGACCAGGAGCAGGUGGAGCAGGAGCUGGUGGUGUGGGAACUGGAGGAUUUGGAGGUCCAGGUGGAUUCGGUGGACCGGGCGGUCCUGGAGGACCAGGCGGCCCAGGAGGAGGAGGCGGAGGCGCCGGAGGCGCUGGCGGAUUGUACGGACCUGGAGGUGCUGGAGGAUUUUACGGACCUGGAGGUGCUGGAGGAUUGUACGGUCCUGGAGGAUUAUACGGACCUGGAGGAGCUGGUGCACCUGGAGUUCCCUGAGCGCCAGGAGCUCCGGGUAGAGCAGGAGGUAUC